AUUGAACUCCAGGCCUGCGACCGAGACCAGCAGUGCGGAGGAGGGAUGUGCUGUGCCGUUAGCCUCUGGAUCCGCAGCCUGCGAAUGUGCACGCCGAUGGGAAAUUUAGGAGAGGAGUGCCAUCCUUUGAGUCACCGAGUUCCCUUCUCCGGACGGCGGAUGCACCACACCUGCCCGUGUCUCCCCGGCCUGGCCUGCGUACGGACUUCUCCCAGCAAAUUCAAAUGUUUACCGGACUUCAGAAAAGAAGAUGUCUUUUUUUAG